AUGCGCGUGGCUCUCGAGAAGAAAUCCGAGCUGGUGUCCUUCCUGGAGGAGCGGGUGCAGAUGAUGGAGGGAGAGGCGUCGGGGACGGUGCCCGCCGCCGCGCUAGCCGGCACCGAGAGGGCGCUCACGGAGUCCCUUGCAGAGGUGGAAACCUUGCGUGUUCGAUCAGCCUCGCUCUACGCAGAGCUGGCCGAGGCAUCUGCGCAGAGGAAGCGAGAGGCACGGCAGGCGCGCAAGGGAGCACAAGUGGCCAACCAGGAGAAGGCUAUCCGUGCCCAGUUGCAAGACGAGCUGCUGAGCCUCAGGUCCUACGUCCUCCGCUCCGAGCAAACCGUCCAGGAGCUGCAGGAACAAGCCAGGCGCCAGGCACGCGAGCAAGGCAGAUACACCGACAGCAGCGGCGGCGACAGCAGUGGUCGCAACAACCACCGCGAUCAGCCCUUUCUGGCAGUCGCCGACCAUGCAGCAGCUGAGGGGUUGUUCUAGUCGGGUAGCAAGGCAGUAGAGGAACGGUUAGGGUCGUAAGGUCGGAUCCUGUAUAGUAAGGGGCGCCUGCAUUUCUGCUGCUGCUCGGUCCUACGAGUGGCGACGCUUCAUGGAGUACUCGUUGGUUCCCCGGAAUUAUGUUAGCCUCGGACCUCAUCUUGUCUUCUCGCAGACCUGGCGUUUGCCGUUUGCCUCCUCACUU